CGUGCCGGCGAAGACGCGCAAGUCACGGGGGCGCGCGCCGAGGCGGCUCACCUCAGCGGCAGGCGAGCAGAGACCGCGAGUUGCCCACCGAAACUGUACCGGAUUCUUUUUUUUUGGGGGGGCGGGCGGGGGGAGCCUUUUGGCGUUUGGUUUGUGGAAUUCGCCGCCACGACGACGCGGAGGACGAGCGUAGCCGAGUUGCAAUCACAGGUGACUGCUCGGCGAUGUGGUAUCCGCAGACGCGUCCACGCCACUCGGAGGUUCCGGUGUGGCUCGGCCGGGCCUCGAAUUACGCCCGAUGUGGACCCAGCUGCUAGGCGGUGAAACCAUGAGCGAAUGUGCUGCCGUCUUGCUGGAGACGACGGCGGCUGAGCGCGCACGGAUGCGGCUUCCGCAGCUGUAGAGCCUCCUGCUGAUUAUCCCUCCGCCACCCGGCGUAUUUUUUAUUUUUUUUUAAGACGCAUUUUAAUAUUUGCAUGUGGGUUCAGUCUCCGGUGUCAAUCGCCCACUUCGACUCUAGAAGGGAGGGACUGCUGUUGUCAAUUAGUUUUCAUUUUAUUUUUUUAAUUUAGAAUGUAUUAUUAUUAUUAUUUUGUAAUCAUCUUUAUAGACUCUGUUGCUUGAAUGGGCUUUUUGGCAAGCGAAGGACACAAUCCGAGGAGAUAAGAAAGGACAUCAGUGGGAACCUGGCUCUCCAUCAGCACCUGGGGACCCCAAAUUAACAGGUGCAGACGUCGAUGAAAUCACCGGGACGGGCCCUAGAGGGAUGGAACGUAACAGAACCGUGGCUGGGGAAGCCUUGGCUCGUAUUCAGCACUGACCCGGCACCCCCCGCGAAGGCCCGCCCUGCGAAUCCCCGCUCACCGUUUUCGUCAGUCGCCUUUGGACUCCGACUUUUUGCUUCUUCCGUAAGCAGCCAUGCGGCUCUUUCGCCGUGCAAGUGAACGAAAAAGACAAACCUCCCUCAUGGCAGACUGGUGCGUGCCGCUGGGCCUGGCCCUCCUCUUAAACGUGGCCUGCGGUCAAAAAGCGGAGCCCUCCAAGCAACCCGUAGUCACCACCAACUACGGCAAGGUACGAGGGAUCAAGAAGGACCUGAACAACGAGAUCCUGGGGCCGGUGGAGCAGUACCUGGGCGUGCCCUACGCCACGGCGCCCAUAGGCGACCGCCGCUUUCAGCCGCCCGAAGCCCCGGGCUCGUGGCAGGAGAUCCGCAACGCCACCCAGUUUGCCCCGGUGUGCCCCCAAAACGUGCACGGGGUGCUGCCUGAGAUCAUGCUGCCUGUGUGGUUCACCGACAACCUGGACGUCGCGGCCGGCUACAUCCAGAACCAGAGCGAGGACUGCCUCUAUCUCAACGUCUACGUGCCCACGGAGGAUGAUAUUCGCGACCGCAGGAAGAAGCCUGUGAUGCUGUUCAUACACGGAGGCUCGUACAUGGAAGGCACUGGCAAUAUGUUUGACGCCAGCGUCCUCGCCGCCUACGGCAACGUCAUCGUCGUGACCAUGAAUUAUCGUCUCGGUGUGCUGGGUUUUCUCAGCACCGGUGACCAGUCGGCCAAGGGCAACUACGGCCUCCUGGACCAGAUUCAGGCGCUGCGCUGGCUCAACGAGAACAUCGGUCACUUCGGCGGAGACCCAGAGAGGAUCACCAUUUUUGGAUCGGGAGCUGGGGCAUCCUGUGUCAACCUCCUCAUCCUCUCACACCACUCGGAGGGCCUCUUCCACAGGGCCAUUGCCCAAAGUGGAACGGCCAUCUCCAGCUGGUCUGUCAACUACCAGCCCCUGAAGUACACCAAGAUCCUGGCUCGCAAGGUGGGCUGCACAUACACCGAGACGGCUGACCUGGUGGACUGCCUGAGGCGCAAGAACUUCAGGGAGCUCGUGGAUCAGGACAUUCAGCCGGCUCGCUACCACAUCGCCUUCGGCCCCGUGGUCGACGGAGACGUAGUCCCUGACGAUCCCGAGAUCCUCAUGCAGCAGGUAAUGAAGAUGUUUUGCAUGAGCCUUGCGAUGUCCGGCACUGAUCGUUUCCUUCCUGCUGACGGCCUCAAGGGGGAGUUCCUGAACUACGACAUGCUGAUUGGCGUCAAUCAAGGAGAGGGGCUGAAGUUUGUCGACGAUAGCGAGGACAAUGACGGCAUCUCAGCGGCGGCGUUUGACUACACCAUCUCCAACUUUGUUGAUAACCUCUACGGAUACCCCGAGGGCAAAGACAUCCUGAGGGAGACCAUUAAGUUCAUGUACACAGACUGGGCAGACAGGGACAACGGCGACAUGCGGCGCAAGACCUUGCUAGCGCUGUUUACAGACCACCAGUGGGUGGCGCCGGCGGUGGCCACCGCCAAGCUCCACGCCGAGUUCCAGUCGCCCGUUUACUUUUACACUUUCUACCACCACUGCCAGACGGAGACGAGGCCCGAGUGGGCCGACGCCGCCCACGGAGACGAGAUACCGUAUGUUUUCGGGGUGCCCAUGAUCGGUGCCACGGACUUGUUCCCGUGCAACUUCUCCAAGAAUGAUGUGAUGCUCAGCGCUGUCGUCAUGACCUACUGGACCAACUUUGCCAAGACCGGGGAUCCCAACUUGCCAGUGCCCCAGGACACCAAAUUCAUCCACACCAAGCCCAAUCGCUUUGAAGAAGUCAUCUGGACCAAGUUCAACUCCAAGGACAAGCAGUACCUCCACAUUGGCUUGAAACCUCGCGUCAGAGACAACUACAGGGCCAACAAGGUGGCCUUCUGGUUGGAGUUGGUCCCCCAUCUCCACAAUCUGCACGAUGAGCUCUUUUCAACCACCACUCGCUCACCUCCUGGCCCCGGCCCGGGCCCCGGCACCCCCAGAACCAGAACUACAGGCCCGCGCACCACCCAUCGCCCCUACCCUACCUUCUCGUACGACCCGGAGUCCGACAGUUCGGAGCGUCCGCCUCCCGUCCUUUUCCCCGGCGACACCCGCGACUACUCCACGGAGCUGAGCGUGACGGUGGCCGUGGGGGCGUCCCUCCUCUUUCUCAACAUCCUGGCCUUCGCCGCCCUCUACUACAAGCGCGACAAGAGGCACGAGAUGCGUCGCCACCGGCUCUCUCCCCAGCGGGGCGGCCCCGCCAAUGACCUAACGCACAGCCAGGAAGAGGAGAUCAUGUCCCUGCAGAUGAAGCAUUCCGAGCACGACGCUCACCACGACAUGGAGCCCCUGCGGCCCCACGAUAUCCUACGGCCCGCCUGCCCGCCCGACUACACGCUGGCGCUGCGCCGGGCCCCGGACGACGUGCCCCUGAUGACGCCCAACACCAUCACCAUGAUCCCCAGCACCAUCACGAGCAUGCAGCCCCUUCAUGCCUUCAAUACCUUCCCCACCACCGGCCACAACAACACUCUGCCUCACCCCCACUCCACCACCCGAGUAUAGUUGGGGCUGAGCCAACACUAGCAGCACCAUCUAAGAACCAGGAAGACCGGUUGUGCUUCUGACAACCUGCAAGGGCGACCUCUGGAAUCAGUGGUUCUCUGUGAUUCUCUGAGAACAUCUCCGCCACUUCCGUAUUGUGCGGCCAAGCUCAAGAGAAGAGUCGGCAUAGCAACCAAACUGUGCGUUUUGAGAGAACCAGCUCUUCUCAAAAGUGCUGGGAUGUUUUUUGUUUUUUGUUUUUUUUUUCCGAGCAGCCCCUUGAAAUUUCUUGAAGGGGAACUCUCGCCUUUUCUUUGUCUUUAAUUAUUCCAAUUAUAGUGGUGUCGCCUACUGUUUCAUUCCCCUUCUGCGUCAUUCUCUUUUCUAAAUCUGUCUCGGAAGCCUGCUUUUUCCCUCGCCUGUUUUCCGGUGUUUGUAAAAUGGAGUGGGAGUCGGCUCUGAAAAGCAUCUUCUAUCUUAUACUUUCAUUCAACCAGCAUUCUCGGUGCCAAGUUCGAUGUUUGCAUUCUCAUGACGGGCAAAAAAAAAAAAAAAAAUUCAAGAAAAGACAAUAUUUAUUGUCCACUAACAAACGUGUUCUCAUGACAAAGUGCCAAAGUGGCCCUUGAUUGUGCUUUUUAUUUCUUUCACUGCUUGUCUCUUGUUCAGUUGUUGUUGUUGUUUUUUUUAAUGUGCAACAGCAGUUUGUUUCGUUGAAAAAUAUAGUUAUAGAGAAAGUAUAUCUAAAAAUAUAUAGUUGUAUAUGUGUACAAAGGAGAAAGUCUAUAUAAUUGGGUAUUUUGCAGUUGGGGAUCGAUGCAUGAAUUCUUUUCAAAGGAGGCUCAUUGGGGGUUCGGGGCGGAGGGGGGGGGAGGGGGGCGGCACUGCUGUCACACAUUUUCCCCAAUCCGACAAAAACGCUUCACCUCCCUGCAUCAGUUCAGGAAAAAAAAAAAGAAAAAAAAACAAAAGACAACACUUGAGCACGAUCUUCAUCUCACUCCAUCUCCCCAUGUGGAUAUAUUUGGGCAACCUUCUGUUGUAGUGACGCCAGCGACAGCAAGCUUCUGCUUUUUGGCCAUCUGCGCAGCGCUUUCACAAGUUACCAAAAGCUGUAAUUGCGUCUCAUUUUUCGAUCCCGCACGUCCCAUGGUUUGCUUCAAGUGUGUUCGGUCCAACGCAAAGAGUGUGCGUCAUAUCAUCGUGUGCGUGCGUGUGUGUCUCUUUUCGUGAUAAUUUGACUCUUCUAUUUCUAAUCCUGUCGCUCAAAGGUAAAGUAAGACCUGAAAUGGCCACUCUAAGCACACAGGCGGGUUGACCUGCGGAGAGUUAUGUGGGACCCCCAAAACAGCAACAUGUGAAGCUGUCCACGAUUAUGCCGUUUUUUUUUUUGUUUCUGUCACCGGUGCUGUCGUUGCUUGUGUGCUAGCUCUUAGCCUGUUUCUUUGUUGUUUUUUUUUUCUUCGUUGUAUUCCGAUCCAAGUGAGGGGGCAAAGGUGCCGGAGGCCAUCGCCUCACUGAGCGCUCAAUCUGAGAGUUUUGCAAAAAGAGAGACACCUGCACAAUGUAUUAGACAAAAAGAAAAAAAAAAAGAGCCUGUGUGGUGGAGCUCUGCAGAGCCGAUGAUGGAGGAAAAAAAAAAAAAGAGACUUUGCAGAAAGCCUUAAAUCAUAAAGGGGACAUAUUGAGCUGACAUUUCGAGGCAUGGCCAGCUUUGUAUCUUCUCUGUUUGCCAAGAUGACACUUUUGCAUUUCUGUCCUUUGGAGGAUGCCCGAUCCACGCUUUUGUACCCCAUUGUGAGGUCAAAGUCAGUGAGUGGCGGGUGGGGGUCAUGAGGUGAAGGGACCGUGACGCCACCUGAAGCAGAAUACCGCAAGCACGCCGCGCUAGGCUGUUCUUCUUUCUUGUCUAUUUUAUAAACUGCCACUGGAAGAUGACUUGCGGUGCGUAACGAGGAUGCGAGAUGGCUGAAGGACUUCCACAGACACACACCAACGUGCAAACAAAUCAAAAGUGUACAUUUUUAAGUGUAAGAAUCAACCGGAUAAAAUAUUUGUAAAUAUUAAGUUUCUUGAUAGUUUUUCCUUUUCCUUUUUGGGGGGUGAGGCUGGGGUGGGUUUAAACGAAAUGCCCAAAUUUUGUGACGACUUAUGACAACAGGUGCAGUUUGCAAAGAAAGGGCGGCCGUGCUAAUUUUGUUUUUGUCUUGUCCUUAUCGCACUUACGACUGUGGACAUUUUGUAGCAAUGAGACACUGUAGCAGAAAUACAUCACGCUGGUUUUCAAAUAAAUGCUACUCUGAAUUACAAAAAAAAAUUUAAAAAUAAAUCAGAUUAAUCUCAUUUUGUGCCAGAAAUAUAAUUGCCACUGACAUAAUAUUCUCAUUCUUUCACUUUAAAAGUACACCUUGUUAUUUAAGCAUACCUGACGAGCUGAGUUCUGCAUAAAUGUUAAAGUCAAAGUUAGCCAUGCUUUUGUGCUCCACAAAAUGGGAGAUGAAGGGAAGCCGCCAUUGAUCCAUGGUGAAACGAGGCCCUCGAUUAGCUCACUUCACAUGUAAUCAUGUUUACAUGAAGCCACUUCAAUGUGGGUCUGACAUGAGGGCUUUGACACCAUAAGAUGCCUCGCACACACACCAAAAUAAGAUCUUACAGUUAUUACGAUACUGUCCGCACACUGUGUUGCCUGUUAUGUUUAUUCUGAAGGGAGGAGUCAAACAAGGUCAUUUGUUUGAAGUUAAUGGCACAUGCAAGCACACAAUAGCAACCACACAGAUGCGCAUGAACUUCCUGCUUGGAUUCCGACGCAAGGUUGCACCUGUUGUCUCCUUUUUUUCAGUUUUUUUUUCAUCUAAUUGGUAACCCAAGACUUAAGAAGAAAUUUGUUCCAGAGGGGAAUUUUGGAGGAAAAAAAGGUGCUAAAAGAGUAGAGAAAAGUUAUUAAGGUGAUCUUUCUGUUUACUUUUGAAGUUAUGAUCCACUGUAUGCUGUGAUUACUGAUUUGGGAACAUUAAAGACAUUCAUAGCCAGUG